CAUCGCGCUCCGUUCUUGACAGCUUGACGCUGCAACGCUGGCUGAUCCGGCCGCAAUCCCAUCGACUUCCAGCUUGUCCACUCCCUCGCUUCCACUUGUUGUUUUCAUAAGUUUCCAGAUUUUGUAUUGUGCUGGUCGUGAUACAUUUUUGGAACCUCUCGUUAUUUGCAUUUAAGAUUUUAUUGAGGCUUCCAUUGCCUGGACUCAACGCUGUAGAUUUCGUCUCGGUUGAGAUCGUGAAUGCGACAUGGCGCAACCCGUUGAUUCCAGCACCCGCAAGAGGGUCUUGCGCGUUAUCUUUAUUUCUCUGCUGCUAGAUCUUAUAUCCUUCACCUUUAUCCUCCCCCUAUUCCCGAAGCUGCUAGAGUUCUACCGCAACGCCGAAGCCCCCCUCGACGCUGGAGCCCCGCCGUCCAAGACACUUCUCUCAAACCUGCUCGGCUACCUAAAUGCGUACAAGGCUGCCUUUGCGCGCCCCAUUGACUCGAGAUAUGACAUCGUUCUGCUGGGCGGCGCCCUGGGGAGUCUGUUCUCUCUCCUCCAGGCCAUUGCCUCCCCCAUUAUCGGGCGACUCUCCGACAAGUACGGCCGGCGCAACGCAUUGCUCGCGAGCAUGGCCGGAAACAUCAUCUCGGUCCUGCUCUGGGUAAUGGCGGUGGACUUCCGAACCUUCCUGGCCUCGCGCAUCGUCGGCGGUCUCUCUGAGGGCAACGUGCAGCUUGCGACUGCCAUUGCGACCGAUAUUUCGGACGCCAAUAGCCGUGGGUCGACCAUGGCGCUCAUCGGCGCAUGCUUCUCCAUCGCCUUCACCUUUGGGCCAGCCCUGGGCGCCUGGCUUAGCUCCAUCGCCACCGUGGCCGCCAACCCGUUCGCGACCGCCGCCGGGGUAUCGCUGUUCUUGAUCGUCACUGAGACCGUCUAUCUGUACUUUAGCCUGCCGGAAACCCUUCCCUCGAUGACCAACACAGCCAGCGAAAAGAAGGAGAAGGAACGAACGGCGGCCACCCCGGUCCAGAGGACGAACUCGCACUUCCUCCUUAACCUGGUGCACAUGACCUUCCUCCUCUUCUUCUCCGGCAUGGAAUUCUCGCUGCCUUUCAUGACCUACGACCUGUUCGAGUAUACCUCUGCGCGGAACGGCGGCCUCCUGGGCUACAUCGGCCUGGUGGCUUCCAUUCUGCAGGGCGGCGUCACCCGCCGACUUCCGCCGCUGCUCUCCGUCCGGAUCGGCGUGGUCUCCUGCCUCGUCUCCUUCGCCCUCCUCGCCCGCAUCUCCUCCGUGUCCGGGCUCUACCUCGCCGCCACCGGCCUCGCGACCACGUCGGCCACCGUCGUGACCGGCCUCAACGCGCUCAGCAGUUUCGAAGCGAGCGAGGACGAGAGGGGCGGGAAGCUGGGGAUCCUCCGGAGCUGGGGCCAGCUCGGCCGCGGGUUGGGCCCCGUGCUGUUUACCAGCGUGUAUUGGUGGGCGGGCAGGGAGACGGCUUACACGAUGGGCGCGGUGGGAAUUGCGGGUGUGUGCACCUUGGCGCUCUUUGGGCUCAAGACGCCACCUGCGUCUGUCAAGCAGAAGAAGGAUUCUUCGAAGGCAGCGAAGAACGAGAAGAAGGAGCUGUAAGCAAGGGGGUGUUGGAGGAUUGUGUACGCGUAGAGUCAAUGUCGAAUAUUGUACAGUACGUCGUUGGAGAUAAACAAAGAGUUUAGAGGGAGGUUCGCCGUGUGUACACAACGAUAUAUCGUUACUUCGGACGAAAUAGCGGAGGGUACAGUGUCCCUUGGUAAGGGCACUUUGAUAUAGCCUUAGUUCAAAUCAAAAACUAUUGUUCAUCGGGUAUAGCAGGUGAUGAUGGAGUAGUAGGACAUCCACCCCUGGAUCAGCUCACAC